UUGAUAAAAGCCGCUGGUGGCGGUAUAGUGCAAUUUUUCCCGACAAAAAUUUACGAUAAUUUUAUUUUUAUUACGUUUCUAAUUAUUUAUUAAGCUAUUCCUUUUUUAUUACGUGUUAAUUUAUUUUACUUUGUACAAAAAUCGUGAUCAGUUAAUGUGUAGUGGCAGAAACAGGUGAUGUGGGGUACACCCUGGAUGGAUCGAUACCGGUGACUGCGACGCUUUGUUGCGAGGGUGCGAUGGAGAAGUCAGCGUCAGCGCGGCCGCGGACGGCUCUCAACGAGUGCGUGAAGGUGGUCGUGCGGUGCAGACCGCUGUCCAACCGCGAGAAGAAUGAGGGCCACGAUGAGGUGAAGAAACGACGAGUCAGACCGACUGAUCAAAAAUGGUACGAGCGUCUUUCAACGAAAGGAUCUGGAGACCAGUUCCAUGAGGCUGACUUACCCCUGCAGGUGGUGCAAGUAUGGCCGGAGCGGGGCGCGGUGCAAGUGCUCAACCCCAAGGGCCAGGACAAGCUGUUCACAUACGAUGCUGUCUACGACGCAAAGGCUGACACGCAGACCAUCUACGAUGAAAUGGUCCGGCCACUGGUGGCCUCCGUGCUCGACGGCUUCAACGGCUGCGUGUUCGCGUACGGCCAGACCGGCACCGGCAAGACACACACCAUGGAAGGCACCCCCGAGGAUGAGGGCAUCAUACCGCGGGCUUUCCGACAUAUAUGGCAACACAUUGAGACCAGUGCGUCGCGGGAUGUGACGCAUCUUGUGUCGUGCUCAUAUGUGGAGCUGUAUCUAGAAGAUGUCAGGGAUCUGCUGUCUAAGGAUUGCAAGAAACUGACUAUUAGAGGACAGGAGCUGAACGGCUUCUACAUCCCAGAGAUGACCUCAAUCGUGUGCAAGUCAGCCGCAGAAAUGGCGCGCGCCCUGCGCACGGGCAACCGCGUCCGCGCCUCCGGCCGCACCGACAUGAACGAGCACUCUUCUAGAUCUCAUGCUGUUUUUCUGGUGACGGUGGAGUCGCAGCACAAGCCCAGCAAUCGUAUCCGCGUCGGGAAGCUGAACCUGGUGGAUCUGGCGGGCAGCGAGCGGCAGAGGAAGACCGGCGCUGGCGGCGAGAGGCUCAGAGAAGCAGCUCGCAUCAACCAGGCGCUGUCAUCGCUGGGAAAUGUGAUCUCAGCACUCGCUGAGAACAGCCCUCAUGUGCCCUACCGGGACUCGAAGCUGACACGUAUCCUGCAGGACUCGCUGGGCGGCAACAGCAAGACCAUCAUGAUCGCGGCAGUAGGGCCGGCCGCCUACAACUACGACGAGACCAUCACCACGCUGCGAUACGCUCAUCGAGCUAAAGCGAUAAAGAACAAGCCGAUCCGCAACGAAGACCCGAAGGACGCAAAACUGCGCGAGUAUCAAGCGGAGAUCGAGCGUCUAAGGGCUCUCAUCGAACAACGCAGAGCGGCCGAGAAACGUCCGCGCCGCCCGCCGCGCCCCGCGCCCGACCCCGAGCCAGUUCCAGCAGAAGAAGACACGAUAGACACCGCCAGCCUCGAAAGCGAGCACAUUCUCGCCGAAUCCACCAUCGAGCAGGAAAAAUGCAAGACCGAAGAGCUCGAGCAACAGAUCCGGCAACUAGAAGACCGACUAGUCUCCGGUGGGGGCGAUGGGGACUUGCUAGAUGAUCUACGUCAGUCCCGAGCUGUGCUCGAUGCUAGGAAUAUGGAGAUAGCGGAGAGGAAGAAGAGGGAAGUUGAGAUGCAGCAGAAGAUUGAUUUGGAAGAAGAGACUACAGCGUCGGUUACGCAGACUUUUGCAUCGCUGCAACAGGAGGUCGACCAUAAGACACAGAGAUUAAAGAAAUGCGUGACCAAAUACGCCGCCCUCCGCGAAGAGAUGGUCGAGCUCCGCGAAGCGCACGACGGCGAGCGGCGCGAACAUGAAGCCCUACAGGCCGCUUUAGUGGCGGGACUGAGACGAAGACUUUUAUUGGCCGAUUCAUUCGUUCCGCUGGCGGGACGUGCGCAGGUCGCGAGAUUGGCGUAUGAUGAUGAUCAAGAUGCCUGGACUAGAGCUGUACCUGAAAGCGUGGAGCCCCUAACGGUCCGGCCCGUAGCGGGUCCGGGGCGGCGCCCGACAUGCGCGGCGGCGGUGGGGGGAGGAGGGGGCGUCCUCCCGGCACCCGCACGGCGCCGCGCCGAGGACCUGCUGGACCUGGCGCCCCUCCCCCUCCCGCCCACCACCAGGGCUUAUGUACCGCCCCAGCCUCGCCUUCAGAGGUCAAUGGAAAGCUCCAUGAAAAAGUCUCCGGAGCUAGAAGCCCCCGCCCCCUCGGUGAGCUCGCGCAAGGCCAGCGCCCGCCCCGCGCGGCCCGGCACAGCGGGCGCGGGCGCGCACCACCGCCUCGGCACGGCCGGCGUGCGGUAGCCCCGCCUCCACCCGCCACGCUCCAGCUCUCUCAAGCUACAUGGGUCAUACACUCAUUUUCAAACAAUACCUUUUACUCCUGAGGACAAUAGCGACUACUUACUGUAGGCUUGUGUGACAUAGUUCUUUUAUCACGCGAGUUAAUGUAAGGUUCAAUCGGAAAGUCAGGCUUCGUAGCCACUAACUUAUGACAGGAGAUAGAUUGACUUGAUUGCGGUGUAUGACCCACAUUUACUAGCACAGUAAAUGGUCCCGUCUCUCUGGAAAUGAUGGGAAUUUGCUACAUGAAGGCAAAUGUUUCCCCAAUGGAUGUUUUAGAAUAGUAAACCCUAGUAAAAGCCAUUUAAACUUAGCCAAUCUGACAAAAAUCUCCUCCUGUGUACGCUCAUUCACUUGAUGAAGAUGGCCGUAUUUUGCUUACAUUUUUAUUAGACUGGCUCUGUGGAAUUAAGUUUCUAGGCUUUAUUAAUCUAAAAGACCCGUAUUAAUGUUGUGGUGCACGGAGGAUGUCCAGCAUUCUGCGUGGCAGCCGCAGCCCUCAGGAUAGUGUUAGUCCGAGUAUGCGAUAUUUUUAUACAAUAUGGUUAAUGCCAAAUGCCCUGCUUAGUCACAUGGCUGAUCUCUAUGCGGGUUACGCCUUUACCAUGAUUUUAUACUCCAGUGUGGGCAGAUACUAAUAAAAAUGCCUAGUGUAGAAAUUCUGUCUAACUUUCGAGCUCUUAAUUUCCAUUUGGGCGUAGUCAAUCCAGGUUGUUUUUGUUUUAGAAUGAUUUUAUUUUACGGUUGUUAUUUUAUGUGAAUUUUAUUUUACGCUUCACAUUAAGUUGGAGCAGGUGAUAUUAGGUAGUUUGUUACACUUAUUUGUAUGUAUUUAAAUUCAAUUGUAUUGUAAAGUAAAAGAAUUUUUAAGAUAAUUUGAUUGUACCAGGCACACCAGCAUCUCACGGAGAUCCAGGUGCGAGUUCAAAUGUUUACCAAAGACGGAAACUGUCCAUUCCACGCACUUGUCCCACAAUUGUUGAUAUUACCAGUGAUCAUGUCCCUUUACUUGUAAAAUUCAUAAAUCGUAAGUGCUUUUGUUAAAUUAUUAUUAAUCUAGACAUGGUUUCUAGUCAAUGAUCCUUGUAUACAGUUAAUGUAAAUAGUUAUUAGAUAUUAAAGUAUAGAUAGUGGUAGCGUAACUAGUUGCAAAUGUCGCACAACGCUGGUGCCUUGCGUCGUGUACUCAGUUCUGUAUCUAAAAUGCUUUAUUUUAUUUAAAAAAAAUGUAUUAAGUUCUGCCUUAAAGCCUUCAUUGAAGCUGUUUUUAUAUUGGUGUAUUUAAUUUAUGUUUAAAUUAUGAACGGAAGAAUGGAAUCAUGUGAUAUGUAUUGAAACCGCUAGUCAGCUGUGCCGCGUACACGCUUAUACUCACAAAUAAAACAGUUUAAAUUUUA